AUGAAGUUCACAGUAACCCCAACUUUCUUUCUUGCAGCUCUUGCAUUUUCAGACGGAGCAUUUGGGUAUGCAUCACGCCAUGUACAUCGUCAUGCACUUGUACCACGUGCGAGCAAUAUUGCUCGAUCUCCAGAGGUAAUCAACCUAAACCAAAUCCCCGCACCCGCACCCACACACCCCGCACUUCUCCCCCGCCAAAACAACACCAACCACGACACCAACGCCCCCAAAAUCGACAAACAACUCACUCUAACCGCUGUACCCGCCAACACAACCACAGUCUUCGUACCCUCAACCUCCACCGGUCCCGCACCCACCGGGACAGCCGCCUCCAUAGGGGGUAUCGCACCUCCCAAUAUUGAAACGACCAGUGAUCCCGAUAGGCCAUUCUCGGUAAAGGGAAAUACUUUUACCGAUCGGGAAGAUGCGGUUGAUAGGGCAUGUGCGAUUCAGCAUAAUGCGUGUGCGGAUGCGGUUAAUAAUGGGGGGUUGUCGGAUGCGGAUGUCGGCGAUUGUGAUGGUCAGCAGCAGACUUGUGUUGCGGCUGGGUGA